AUGACCAAGUUCAAGGUUAUAGUGACCUCAGACACUGUCUGCCCGUGGUGCUAUGUCGGCCGCAGACAGCUCCAGGCCGCCCAGCGCCUGUGGGAGCAAAAGUACCCCAACUCCGACGACAGCUUCGCCGUGAGCUACCAACCAUUUCAACUAAAGCCUGAGUGGCCCACGGGUCCUGGGAAAAGCAUCUCCAAGGAAAAGUUCUACAACGACAGGUUCGGCAGUGAGCGCGUGGCUGCUAUGCAAAAACACCUUAGCGGCAUUGGGGAGAGUCUGGGUAUCAAGUUCAAGUACGGCGGACAGACUGGAAACACAAGGGAUUCGCAUCGCCUCGUACAGCUCGCUAAGAAGUACGGCGAGGAAGCCGAGAGCAAGGCGCUCGAUGGACUUUUCGCGGCAUACUUUGAGAAGAACGAGGACAUCACCAGCUACGACACCUUGAGGAACGUGGCGGUUGAGGCGGGAAUCCCUGAGGAUGCGUUCCAGAAGGCUAUUGUCGACAGCGAUGAGGGUGGCCCACAGGUGGACAAGCUGGUCAGCGAGGCGCAGUACAGUGGUGUUAGUGGAGUGCCCGAUUUUGUUCUUCAGGAUCGAUUCCGUCUUAACGGCGCCAACGACCCGUCCACUUUCGUCAGUGUCUGGGAGAAGAUCAAGGCGGCAGAGGGGCAGUAA